AUGCCGGCUACUGAUUCGCUUCAACCACCUUUGACCCCGGCUGAGCGGGCAGUUGUGAAGUCCUACGGCGGCUGGACAUACUUCUUGCAAAGCUUUGGGCUUAAGCCUUGGGAACCAGAAGACGCUGAGGAGGGAAAGAAAAUUCUGGAGGCCUUUGCUCGAAAUGAUGAAGCUUCUGGAUGA